AUGGCAGCAAAUUCUCAACAGUUUGGAACCAUAGCUGCAGUCAGUGCAAAUCCAUCAAUGACAAUUGGCCAUUUAGCGGAUGUUUUCCCAAAUGCUUUGCAAGGAGCAAUGCUUAAGGUAAAUGUCGUUGGAGGCUAUAACUUCAAUGGGCAAAGCAAAAGGCGGGACCCAUUCAGUCAGGCUGACAAUCCUGAGUGGAAAGACCACCCAAACUUGAAUGGGAAGGGCAGAAGAAGUAGGCUCAGCCUAGUCAUGGAGCUCCGUCUGGUUCAAAGUGCCAUUGAUGCUUUAGGGACCCAAGUCUCUCAACCAGCCACCUCGAUGAAUAAAUUGGAGAGACAAUCUGGCAAACUCCCAUCUCAACCAGAAUCAAACCCUAGAGCAAAUGUAAAUGCAAUGAUGUUGAUGAGUGGCAAGGAGUUGGAACCACCUGCUGAGUCAAAGGAGCCAGAAUUGGAAAGCCCAGGAAUUUCUUCUUCAAAUUCAACCGUUUUACCACAAAAAACAAACAUGGAGCUUGCAAGGCCAAAAGAACCGAUGGUUGACAAGGAUAAUGAGCUUUUGAAGAUGUUUAGGAGGGUAGAGAUAAAUAUUCCUCUCCUCGAUGUCGUCAAGAAAAUUCCUAAAUACACCAAAUUCCUUAAGGAGCUUUGCAUAAGGAAGAGACAAGCCAAGGAAAAGGAGAGAAUGGUGGAGGUUAUAUGGGAUGUCUAUGACAAUGAUGAGGAUCACUCAGGAGAUUUGAUCCCACUUGGAGAGCUUACCAUCUUGUCUAUGAUUGAGCCAGCACCUACAUUGGAGAUGAAGGAGUUUCCAGACCACCUAAAGUACGCCUAUCUGGCGGAAGCUGAGACCUUGCCUAUUAUAAUUUCAAAGAACCUGACUGAGGAACAAGAGAAGCAGUUGGUGGAGGUUUUUAUGGAUGACGUUACUGUGUAUGGAGACUCAUUUGCUGAUUGUCUGUCUAAUUUGUCUAGGUUCAUAAAACAUUUUAGUAAGAUUGCUCAGCUAGUGACCUCUCUUCUUCAAAAGGAUGUGGCCUUUGAUUUCUAUGAUGAUUGCAGAAGAAGUUUUGAUGUGCUAAAGAACGCCUUGUCGUGUACUCCGGCAGACGAUAUUUCCAUGACUCCUUGGUAUGCUGAUAUUGUGAAUUACUUGACCACUGCAAAGACCACAAUUACUGAUGAUGCUAAAGUGGUUGCAGGUUUCUUAAAGACUAACAUUAUAUGCAGGUUUGGCUUCUUGAAAGCAAGCAUAAACAAUCAAGGAUCACACUUUUGCAAUCGGGUCAUUGCUUCCUUGUUGAAGAAGUACAGUGUUCAAUAUCGUAUUGCCACCCCAUACCACCCUCAAACUAAUGGGCAGGCGGAGGUGUCCAACAAGGAAGUAAAGACCAUUUUGGAAAAGGUGGUCAACCCAGUAAGGAAGGAUUGGAGCCUCCGACUUGAUGACACUCUAUGGGCUUAUAAGACAGCCUUCAAGACUUCUAGUGGGAUGUCUCCCUACUGGAUGGUUUAUGGAAAAACUUGCCAUCUUCCAGUUGAAAUCCAACAUAAGGCAUACUAG